CAACUAACGUCGUUAUUUUAUUCCACCCCUUCUCUCUAUAACUAUCUGCAACAGAAGACAGAAAAAGCCCACCGUCACACACACUACACACACUGGGAGUUCACGGAAGCUCUUGAUAAGAAAAACUCAGAAGCCAAAUUAGGCAAAAAGAUUUUACUUUUAGCAUAUCCUGAUAUGGAAAUAGAUGGCAACGAUGUUCAUAUUGACAAGGAGCCAGAUGGUGUCAUAAUAUACGCAAAUGGUGUCACCCACGGUUCAGGUUGUGGAAAUGCUUGCCUGCAGGAUGUGGCACAGCUGUCUGAGAUUAUCGACAUUGAUCCACAGCUUGUUGAUAUAUCCGAUGAGAAUGCCGAGGUACAGGAUUGUGUGGUAAAAGAAUGCAAUAGUGUCAAGUCCGAGGAAACAAAACCUUGUCAGCAGGAGACAUCUGAGGAGAGUGUUCCUGAAUCAAAGAGUGCAAGCGAGAAGGAUGAUGUGAAAUCAGAAGGUCAAAAAAUGAGAGAUCACGAUAAGAAGACACAAGCUUGUGGCAGAAAAGCUACCAAGCCAGCUGUUGGAAGCUGUAAAACAAAAUGCACAGUUCCACAGCCAUUUGCUCUGGCAACUGAAAAACGUGCUUUACACGGAGCCCGUCCUAACGGACCUGAGUGCGACAAUACCACUGGUGGAGACAAGCCAUCCCAUAUUCGUGUCCCCCUGCAGCCUAGUUCUGUGAAGCAGAAUCUGAUAGUCGCGCCUAUUGUCCAAAGGAAGCCACUGCAGCCCGAUAACAAGAAGCUUGUUGACGAAGAUAACUGCUCCGUUGCCUCAUCUGUUGCGCCAGCAAGAAAGUAUAAGAUAACAGUUGCCUCAGCCCCAACAUUUAAGAGCAGCGAACGUGCUGAAAGAAGGAGGGAGUUUUUCUCAAAAUUGGAGGAAAAACAUCAAGCACUGGAAGCUGAGAAAAAUCAGUAUGAGGCAAGGACAAAGGAAGAGUCUGAAGCAGCAAUCAAGCAACUGAGGAAGAGUUUGAAUUUCAAAGCAAGCCCAAUGCCGAGCUUCUACCAUGACGGACCACCUCCAAAAGUCGAACUGAAAAAGCCUCCUCCAACUCGAGCAAAAUCUCCAAAGUUGGGCCGAAGGAAGAGCUUCAGUGAUUCAAAAGAUUUCGAUGGAGGGGCAGAAGAAGCUCGCCAUGGUUUUCACAUUUUCAGAGACAGGUCCACGAACAGGAAAACCGGGACUGAUAAACAGAAUGACACUGCUUCGUGGAAAAGUCGAGAACAAGUGGGGGAUGAGUCGUUUACGUCUAACCUGAUCGGUGAGAGACACAUGGACAUUGCUGUUCAUUCUUGAUGAGCUGCUGUAAGUUAUUUAUUCAAUGUCAGAACAAGUUAAUCUAUCAAGAGAUGAAAACCUCUGUCUUGUGCCUUGUGGAUCCAAAACCCCUUCGAGUGGCUUGUUUUUAUAUUAAUGCGUGAAAGUGUAAAUUUUCUGUAACUUAUUCAGAUGCAUUUGUAAAAUCUUUUGCCUGAUUAUGUAUUCCUUUUCAGUGUUGCCAAUCAUAUCUAAGUUUACCAGACUA